UGCGCAGACCCUCUGCAUUUCCGGGGAUGCAGCUGUGACAAAAAUAAAUAAAUAAUAAUUGACUGUGUUUCCCACAGCAUCCUGGUGAGAGAGCACGGAGCCCACUGGAGUCAGAGUGCUCAGCACUGCCGGAGCGGAGCGUGUGCAGGGAGAGGAGACAGGAAGCAGAGAAUCUGUGGAAAGGUAUCUGAAUUCCCCCAUGAGGUGUCCUACCAGCCUCUCAUGCACAGCCCUACCUGUCCAUGGGUAGCACAAACUUAACUGAUGUCCUGAAGAGCGUUCCUCACCAUGGAUAGUCCACCAAAGCUGACUGGUGAAACGCUGAUUGUCCAUCACAUUCCCCUGGUGCAUUGCCAGGUCCCAAAUAGACAGUGCUACUCCGUGAACAAAAGGACCAACCCCUUCUGUCAGCCAGAUAUCAGCAUUACAUGGACCUCUGCCCUUCCAGAGAGAGACCUCUCACAGACCAACUCCUUGGUGUACAGCAGCUUUUUCCGGACCUCCAAAAGUUCAGCAGAGGCCUCAGACAACAAAGAAGGAAAAGCCAGGGACUUGAUUGUCCCUAGUGCCAGCAAGCGACACAACCCUUUCUUACUGAACGAGGCUGAAGACCUCAGCCUCUUUGGGGAUGACUUGGGUCCAAAAUCUUUCCAUCUUCACAACUCCCUUGUGGCUGGCAAACCUUCCUUUCAUCUGCAUGAGCUAGCCUUGCCUCCUUUCCACCUCCACGACCCCAACCACAUUGUGAAAUCCUGGAACAUGGCCAGCCGGUCUGGUGUGGUAGAUGGGCAAGAGGACAAAAUCAGCAGUGAUGACAUCCAGAAGAGAAACAACAUGAAACAGUGCCACCAGGCCACAGAACGCAUGGAGCUGGAUGAAUGCAGCUGCCACUGUGGCAGCUCUUCCAGCUUCUUCCUUGAUGGUGGCGACCAGGAAUGUAACCAAAACACAGGUGAAUCACUGAGGAAUCAGGAUGCCCUGCACAGCUGGACAUGCAGCUGUUCCAGCUCCGGUCUCCAUCACUGUCACUGCUACAGUUUGUCAGGUCAGUCUGAAGUGAUUGACCAGCAGAUGGGCUACAUCAGUGACUCUUCCUGCAACAGCUCUGAUGGGGUGCUGGUGAACUUCAGUGCUCUCUACAACAAAAUGAAUGGCCGUUCUCAAUCUAACCUGAAUUCAGCCAACCUGUCCUGUGACUCUUCCUUCUGCAGCUACUCAGACAUGGGAGCUUUUUACCUAGAUUUGCAUUCAUCACCCACAGAAUCCAAGAUAUUAUGUGAGUCGCAUCACCCAGAGAGUUUAGGGAAGGCAUGCAAGUGUCACCACUCCUCCUCACCUGUCCUUGAUGCUAACUGCAACUCCUACCACCUCCACUGUGAGCCUUGCACUUCAGAGAGCUCAGACCUCACUGCCUGCUUCCAGAGCCAAGCACGGCUUGUUGUGGCUACUCAGAAUUAUUAUAAGUUAGUCACGUGUGACUUGUCUUCCCAGUCAUCCCCCAGCCCAGCAGGAUCUUCCAUAACUAGCUGCUCGGAAGACCACACCAAAGGUAGCCCAGCCCAGUCCACUGAAUACUAUCUUUUUAGAAGGCCUGACCUGAGACAAGAAGAAAGCAAUGUGGAGUGCAGUGAAGAGGAGACAAAGGGAGAAACCACACAGAACAUGACUGAGGGUCACGUCUAUGUGAACGUGUCACCACCUAACCUCAACACAAGCCAGCAGCGCUCCAGGAGCUAUGAUCAGAAACUGGACAGGAGUCCUAGCAGCAGGCUGGGCUCUCUGGAGCGCAUAGUGAGCUGUCCAGUCAAGUUGAGUGAAAGUCCAGCGAUACCCAUCCAGAGUUCCCCUCCAAAGCAAGUGACAUCUUUUGCUGAACUUGCUAAAGUCAGGAAAAAGAACAGCACCUCCCCACUGCUCCGGUCCAGUGGCGAUUCCUCCUUGGAGUUCUCCCCUAUCCCUGAGACACAGCAGGACUGUCCAACCUUCCUUGAAGAAAGAGCUCGCCACAGCCAGAGUCUUCCACCCAUGCCCUUCAUCCAUGGCCUGAACCGGAGCUGCGAGGGCUUCUGUUUGAAUCACCCUUUUGGGGACAGACAGGCUUUGUGUUCCACCAAAGACUUGGUCUCCACUGAGACUGUCCCCAGUGGGCAUGGGGCAGGUGAGCAAGCCUCUCUCUCCCUGCUGACGGAGGCAGAUGCCAACUUCUCAGGUAGCUCUGCCAGUGGCCACAAACAAAGAGAUGUUAGAGCCCAAGCAGAUGGUGGCGGCACAGACAGCAAGCCUGUGGUGCGCUACAGCAAGGACCAGCGUCCCACAACUCUGCCCAUCCAGCCCUUUGUUUUCCAGCACCAUUUCAGUAAGCCGCCCAAGGCCUGUGCUCUGCACAGCCAUUUUGCCUCCAGCUUUUCUCAACUCUAUAGCUUGUCCAGCAACCGGCCUGCCAGCCAGCAGAUCUUCAAUUUCCAGACCUCUGCUACCUUGGCAGAGCAGGUGGCAGCAUCAGGGAGCCAAGCCCACAGCACACUGCUGACCCAGAGCUCAGCGGAUGGAGCUGCCUCCCUCAACGAUGGCUGCAUCAAGAACACAGCCCCUGAAACAACCCGGCCAUCCCCCCUGGGCAGUUAUUCUCCUGUGCGAUGCAACAUGCCUUUCUUUCAGAGUGUGGACUCCUCUUCCUCACCCACCGUGGAGAGAGCUGGAGAGAGCCAGCCUCCCAGGAACAGGUCCUGCCCCAUCUCUGCCAACCUGCUUCCUACCAGGUCUUCCCCUGCUGUCAGUGCCAUGCCCUCCCAAGUCACCAAAGCUGAUGUCCUGAGGCAAAAGGAGAACCCCAGGCUGGUUCCCAAGAAGGAGGCACCGUUGGAGCCAAGCCCACCGCUCUCCGAGUACCGACUCCACAGUGGGUCUCUCCUGCCCCUUUCACUGGGUGGUGUGCCCAUGAGCCAAGGUGGAGCCCAUGCAGAUCCCCAUUGGAGGAGUGGCAGUGAGACGAGCAGCUCUGGUCCCCUGAGCAGCAUGGGAGUACGGCUCCUCAAUGUGAACCACCUCUCCCCUCAAGUGCUGAAGUGGCGAGAGUACAGGCAGAGGAACCCCCUGGGCCUGGACUGCGUUUCAGGGCUGCCUGGCUUAGCCAGCAGCCUAGGCAGGAGGCAGCAGGAGCCCCGGCUGAACCAGGGGAACCUGAUCUUUGAGUUCCCGGGCACCCUCAACACCAACAAUUUCCACUGCAAGCUGAACGGUGCGCACCACCCUUCUGCUGGGGGGUCUGGGGGUGACCUUGGGGCUCAGGUACAAUGUCCCAGCUACGCCUGGCCUUAUCACUGCUCUGCCAGCUCUGAACAGGAGGUUCGAUGCAUCUGCUCACAGUGGGGCUGA